AUGGAGUCUUCUUGCGUAUCUGGAGAGAGGGAGGAGGAAGAGGAGUGUGACAGCAGCCAGUCCGGGUGGACCAUGUACAUUGACACUCCAACUUAUCAAGAUGAUGCUGGGAAUGAUAGCAACUAUAGCAAUGUUGUUGUUGAUGACAACGAGGAAGUCGGCAUUCAUGAUGACAAUGAGGAUGAUUCGUUAGCUUCUGAUGCAUCUUCCACAUGGUGUGAGAGGAGGAAUGCUGAGAAUCACAAGGUUGACGAUGAAGAUGAGGAUGUUAAUAAUGAAGACGACAAUGAGUCUUGUGGUGUGCAUCAUCCUCGUCCUUCAAGAAAUGUUGUUCAAAAGGAGAGCAAAGUUAGCAGAAAUGUAUGA